CUAAAUACGACCUGGCCGGUUUUGCUUGGUCUUCUUGGGUCCAAGAAGAAAGAUGAUGAUGGCGUCGACGACUGUGGAGAGUGCGUUCCUCAAAAUUCCAUCUUUCGGAUUCGUAAACCCUAAUAAUGCUACUAGUAAACUUGUCAGUCGGAGCUCCGUUUCACUCCGCUUCGGGUUCCACUUUCGUUCCUGCGCCACAUCCUCUGCUUCAGCAGCAGAACCUGCUUCCGCUUCGUCUCCUUCUUCAGUGGUCAACGACGGCGCAAAACUUGGACCCGGUUCUCUCGGGCACAUCACCCGACCGGACUUCCCUAUUCUCCACCAGGCAGUGAAUGGCUCAAAACUUGUGUAUUUGGACAAUGCGGCGACUUCGCAGAAGCCAACAGCUGUUUUGGAAGCUAUACAGAAUUAUUACGAGUCUUACAAUUCUAAUGUCCACCGUGGAAUUCAUUACUUGAGUGCAAGGGCAACGGACGAGUUUGAACUAGCCAGACAGAAGGUUGCAAAUUUUAUCAAUGCUUCAGAAUCUAGGGAGAUUGUUUUCACACGGAACGCAACUGAAGCUAUCAACCUUGUGGCGUACUCCUGGGGACUAACUAACUUAAGGCCAGAAGACGAGAUUGUGUUGACAAUUGCUGAACAUCACAGCAACAUUGUCCCCUGGCAACUUGUAGCUCAAAAGACUGGUGCAAAUCUCAAAUUUUUGGAACUCACGGAGGAUGAAGUUCCUGAUGUAGGAAAGUUGAAGGAAAUGCUAUCUAAGAAAACAAAACUGGUUGCCGUCCAUCAUGUGUCAAAUAUGCUAGCUUCUGUUCUCCCAAUUGAAGAAAUAGCCAGUUGGGCACAUGAUGUUGGUGCAAAGGUGCUUGUAGAUGCUUGCCAAAGUGUUCCACACAUGGUGGUUGAUGUGAAGAAACUUGGUCUUGAUUUUCUUGUGGCUUCUUCUCACAAGAUGUGUGGCCCUACAGGCAUUGGACUCUUAUAUGGUAAGAGUGAGCUCUUGAAUGCCAUGCCGCCUUUCUUAGGUGGUGGUGAAAUGAUAGCUGACGUCUUUUUGGAUCAUUCGACGUAUGCUGAACCCCCGUCAAGAUUUGAGGCUGGUACACCUGCCAUUGCCGAAGCAAUUGGAUUAGGAGCAACAAUUGAUUAUCUCUCCGGAAUUGGCAUGGAACGGAUACAUGAUUAUGAGGUAGAGCUGGCCAACUACCUAUACAAUAGUCUUCGUUCAGUACCCAAUAUUCGGAUUUAUGGCCCUGAGCCUUCACGAGUAUUUAAAAGAGCAGCUCUCUGCUCUUUCAACGUUGAAGAUGUUCACCCUACAGAUGUUGCUACCUUUCUUGACCAACAGCACGGCGUAGCUGUAAGGUCAGGCCACCACUGUGCUCAGCCCCUCCAUCGUUAUCUGGGGAUAAAUGCAAGUGCACGAGCUAGCCUUCACUUCUACAAUACCAAGGAGGAUGUGGAUGAUUUCAUCCGUGCUCUUACUGAUACAAUCAGUUUCUUCACCUCUUUCAAAUGAGCGUUAUUUGUUGUUUGCCACAUAUAUAAUGUUUAUAAGCAAGUUCUUGCCCAUGCUCUUUCGUUUGAAGAAUGUCACGUCUCAUAUUUUUGUAGAUACUGGCAUACCAAACUAACCUGUGGUCUCUUUAGUAGAUAUCUUGUCCUAAUUUCACUUUGAAAUCUGAGCAUGUCAUUCGAUUUCUCCUA